AUGACUUCUUCAGCAUCAAGUAAUAUACAAAACAAUACCGAUUCGAAUGCUCAAAAUGAUACAUCAAGAGUUUAUAAAGUUUAUCCAAGACGUUUUGGUAUAUUAGUUAUUUUUUGUAUAUGUUCAUUAUCAAGUAGUUUUCAAUGGAUUGAAUAUGUUAUUAUACAAAAUAUAAUUGUUCGAUACUAUAAUGAAAGUUUACCUGAAAGUUACGAAGCAAAAAAUAAUGCUGUCACAUGGACUAGCCUUUUAUAUAUGGUUACUUAUAUUCCAUUAAUGUUUCCAGCAAUGUGGUUGUUGGAUCGCCAAGGAUUGAAAAUAACAUGUUCAACAGGAGCUUUUCUUAAUGGUCUUGGUGCAUUUAUUAAAUGCUUUAGUGUAGGAACAAAUCGUUGGUGGAUUGCAUUUACUGGACAAAUAAUUUGUGCAUGUGCACAAUCAUUUACUUUAGGAGUUCCACCAUACAUAGCUGCUACUUGGUUUAGUAGUAAUAGUGUUUCAACAGUUGGUAUUGCACUUGGAUUUUUGAUACCAAGUAGAUUGAUACCUGAUGUCGAAGAUCUUGAUUUGAUUGGACAACGUUUAAGAAUAUUAUAUUAUCUUGUAGCUUUUAUUUGCAUUUCUUGUUUUAUUGCUAUGAUUAUUGUUUUUCAACGUCUCCCUCCAACACCGCCAUCACGAGCACAAGAAAUAGCUCAACACAGUUCUGAACAAAAUUAUGCACAAACAUUGAAACGUUUAUUAACUAAUCGAUGGUUUCUUCUAUUGUUACUUGCUUAUGGCCUCAAUACCGGUGCUUUCUAUUCUAUAUCAACACUUUUAAAUCCUGUUUAUAUGUGGUAUUUUGAUAAAAAAACUGAACAUGCUAGUAAAUAUGCUGGUACUAUUGGGAUGCUGUUGGUAAUUGGUGGUAUUUUUGGUAGUCUUAUUGGUGGCUAUAUUUUGGAUAAAUCAAAAGCAUAUAAAACAGUAACUUUUGGUGUUUAUGUUCUUUCAUUUUUAUCUAUGGCAUUAUUUACUGCAACUAUACAUCUUCAUGAAUAUGUUGCUUUUGUUACAAUGAUAAUAGUUGGAUUUUUUAUGACAGGUUAUUUACCUAUUGGUUUUGAAUAUGGUGUUGAAAUAACUUAUCCAGAGAACGAAGCUAUAUCAAGUAGUUUAUUGAAUGUUAGCGCACAGGUAUUCGGUUUGUGUAUAACACAAUUACAAGAAUAUUUAAUAUUUAAAAAAGAAAAAAUUCUUGCAUCCAAUAUCAUGUUAUGUGGUGCAUUAAUAGUUGGUGCAAUUAUAACCAUGCUUAUUCGUUCUCCUCUACGACGACAAAAUGCUCAACAUAAUAUUCAUAUUUUAAUUGAUGAUAAGAAUUUAACUCCUGUUAUUUCAAAUACAAAUUCUACGGUUAAUGCAUGA